AAGUCUCCUACCAAAGCCAAUACCCACCGAUCUUCUGAUAGACAUGGGGACGUCAAGCGAAGAGAGCGAAGUGGUGCUACACGUCACCGGCAUGACUUGCCAGUCGUGCGUCAACACCAUCGAAGUCGUCAGCAUCAAUGAAACAAAUUCUCAGAACAACUCCCAAGAAGGAUCUGGUGAUAGUGCCAAACCACCAACACCUGUUAAAAGCAAAACACACGCAAACGGCACAGCGUCGCCCAUGGCAGACAGACAGACAGAGCCAGUUGAACUGUCUUGCUGUACGCUGGAAGUGAAAGGCAUGACGUGCGCCUCCUGCGUCGCUGCUAUAGAGAAGAGCUGUUCCAAGCUGUAUGGCGUCCACUCAAUAGUAAUAGCCCUUCUAGCAGCUAAAGCAGAAGUCAAGUACGAGCCGGCAAAGAUAUCGGCGGCAGACGUGGCUCGGUCCGUCACCGAACUUGGAUUCCCGGCUGAAGUGCGAGCGGACUGCGACGGCAGCGGGCAGAAGGAGAUGCAGGUUCUGAUCAAAGGCAUGACGUGCGCGUCGUGUGUCAACAAAAUAGAGAAGACUGUGCUCAAAUUGCCCGGCGUGGUUUCUUGUGCAGUCGCGCUCACAACUUCCAAGGGCAAAAUAAAAUACAUGGCGGAGCAGAUAGGCCCCCGGAGUAUAUGCGACGCAAUCAACUCCCUCGGCUUCGAGGCUUCGGUCGUCGGGCCUAGGGAUAGGGGCACCACACACUACUUGGAGCACAAAGAAGAAAUAAAAAGAUGGCGGACGGCGUUCCUAAUAUCCCUACUAUUCGGCGGGCCCUGCAUGGUGUCCAUGGCUUACUUCAUGGCGCACAUGGAGCACGGGCACAUCGCGGUGCUGCCGGGCCUCAGUCUGGAGAACCUCAUCAUGUUCCUGCUCGCCACGCCUGUGCAG